UACAAUAAAAAACAUUGGUUCCCAAGAUUAGAAAAGAUAUUUUUGUAAUUUUUCACUAGAUAAAAUACCCUUAUGGCCCGUUCAAGACGCGGAAAACAAGCAUCCGAUCCGUCACCAGAUCACAAAGAACCAAGACCAAAAAUCUCGAAGUCUCGAGGAAGAUCGUCUCGGAGUUCAAAAGAUGGAGUUUUGAGUCCAACUAUUGUUCUUGCGAUCUUAAUAAUUGUUCCUGUCUGUAUUGCUGCAUCCUAUGGAGGAUAUGCUUUCUAUAAUUACAGGAGAACAGCACGUUUGUAUACUCCUUUAGAUGCGGAGCCCGUGGUAGAUAGAAGUAAAGCCGAUCCAAGGAGGUUUUGGGGGUCAUACAGAYCCAAUCUGUAUUUUGGAAUGAAGACUAGGAGCCCAGCAUCUCUAAUGCCUGGUCUAAUGUGGUUCUCCCAGUUCCCUCAUGAUGGACAGCUGUCAAUCAGACACACCUGUGAACAGGGUGACAGAUUGUCCAAGUAUGGAUGGCUCAAACAUGACGGGGUCAACUUUGGAACUCAAGAGAUUGUUGACGACGACUUUAUCCUUAUGACUGAUUUUGUGAAACAAGCAGGGGGAGAUCAYGGUGGUGACUGGACAGCGAGGAUCUCUGGUAGAAAGAGGGAACAGGGAAAUCCAAACCAGCUUGUUUCAGUCUUAUUCUACACAACCCAUGACAAUCCAAUUCAACUCAAACCAUCCUUGGGAAGAAACUCUCUAACAGAACUUCAAGGUGAAUCACCAGAGCUUGGCAAAUUCAAAAUCAUUUUUCCCAAGCCAAAUAAUAAGGUAAUACUUUCCAAUUUCCUCGCUACUCAUACCCCAAAUAUCCAUUCCAUCAAAGACGUUGUCAUGCAAAGCUUAGGGUAUAUAAAGAUGAAGAAAGACUUAAAGCUCAUAGGUCUACAAGGAAUUCUUCCGAAGCGUGACGAAAACCAAAGAGAACUACCAACCAACUUAUACGUMCARCAAUGGACUUUCCAACUUCCAUUURAAAUGGAAGUCAUCUUUGAAUCRGCAAGUUUUACCUCUAGAACAAGAAGACUUUCAGGGAACAUUUUUUCAGAUGCCUUUCGGAAGUUUUCAGAUUCUUUUGAUAAAAARUUUGAAGAAACAUUCCCUUUGGAGUCCAAGAGCUUCAGCGAAGAAGAAAGAAGGUUUGCUCAAGCUGCUCUUAGUAACAUGGUCGGUGGAAUAGGAUAUUUUUACGGCAAGUCACGUGUAGUGUCAAGAUAUUUAAAAAAGCCAGUCGAGUAUUGGGAAAGUGCUCUUUACACAGCAGUCCCAUCAAGACCGUUUUUCCCUCGCGGUUUUUUAUGGGACGAAGGGUUUCAUCAGCUAUUGAUAAGUCAAUGGGAUAAGGAUAUUAGUAUGGAUAUCAUUGGACAUUGGCUUGAUCUUAUGAAUAUUGAAGGCUGGAUCCCUAGAGAGCAGAUUCUUGGAGAYGAAGCUCGUACUAAAGUUCCAGAUGAAUUUGUAACUCAACAUAAUGAGAAUGCCAAUCCACCAACUCUUAUUCUCCCCAUCAAAUCUAUGAUUGACAAAGGGGUACUGGAUAAGCAGUACCUCGUGAAGAUAUUCCCUCGGCUAAAGGCGUGGUUUCAUUGGUUCAACACUACMCAACUCGGCCGGCUUCCKUCUACAUACCGCUGGCAUGGACGAGACGCCAAAACAGACCGGGAACUUAACCCRAAGACUCUGACGUCAGGACUUGAUGACUACCCUAGAGCGUCCCACCCAAGUGAUGAUGAAAGGCAUGUUGAUCUACGAUGCUGGAUUGCAUUUGCUGCAGGAUUGAUGGCCGACAUUGCCACAGCAGUAGGAAAAGACCCAGAGGUGUAUCAUUCUACCAAUGCAUACCUCUCAGAUGCAACCCUGUUAGACCAUUAUCAUUGGUCGUCGAAAGCUCACAUGUACAGUGAUUUUGGGAACCAUACUAAGCUAGUGAAGUUAACUCACCGAGCAAGCCAACCUGGAGGUCCCACACGUGUUGUCCGGGUYGUCACCUCUCGYACAGGACCUGUACUGAGAUUUGUCAACUGCUUUGGUUAYGUCAGUCUUUUUCCAUUCCUUCUCMAAAUUCUGAAACCAGAUUCUCCAAGACUGGACAAGAUYUUAACCGAUUUGAAGAAUCCAGAUCUUCUGUGGACAGACUACGGUCUUCGCUCACUUUCCAAGAGUGACCCCUUCUACCAGAAAUACAACACUGAACAUGACGGCCCAUACUGGAGAGGAUCUAUCUGGAUUAACAUGAACUACCUGUCAGUCAGGGCUCUGCGUCACUACAGCCACACUGAAGGCCCCUACCAAGAGAAGGCUAGAUCAUUGUAUUCUGAACUAAGGCAUAAUCUUAUUUCUAACAUCUUUAGGCAGUACCAGAUGUCAGGUUUUAUAUGGGAACAGUACGAUGAUGAGACAGGGCGUGGCAAAGGGUGUCAUCCAUUCACAGGGUGGUCUUCUCUCGUAGUUCUAAUGAUGUCAGAACAGUAUUGAAAAUACGACAAAAAUUAUUAAAAUUUUGAAUUUAAUUSCAUCA